CCACAUGAGUAAUCCCUGUACCAUCAGAUUUUUAUGUCUAAGAAAGAAAAGGUUAUAAUUUGCAAAUGACACCAAAACUUAUGAAGAGUUAAUGCUUCAGAAGAAAAGGAAAAGCACAAAAUUGUCUUCAUAGGUUAGAUAAAAUAGGAUGAAAACAAAUAUGUACACUACGGAAUGAGAAAUUAAAAGCACUGGGAGUCCCCGGCCUGGAAUCAAUACUUAUGAAAAAGAUCUUGGAAUGGUAGUUGACAUAUACCAGUAAAUACAAAUAUGAAUUUAAAUUACGGUAGCUUUGUGAUAUGGCUGCAAAACCAAGCAAUCCAAUUUUAAGCUGUAUGAACAGAGACAAUGUAAAUGAAUGGGGGGGGGGAGUAAAGUUUGACUUUAUUCUGCAUUGAUCAGAGCCCCUCACUGCAUUCAGUUCUGGCACUAUACCUUAAUAUGCUUUCCCAAAAAAUGGAACAAGUUCAGAAAAGGGCAAUGAGGAUGAACAGAGGACUAGAAUCUGCAAUGGCGUGUGAAGGAACUCCAUGUAUUGGCCUUCUGAAGAGGAAGCUGAGAAGGGUCAUCUUAGUGCUUUUCACAUGCAUAGGAGGUGACAAAGAAGAUAAGUUAACUUGUAAGUUAAGUUAACUUGUAAGUUAAGUUGGCUUUAACUUACAAGUAUUUCCAUUUUACAUUAACAUGUUAAGACAAGUUAAAGCCUCCUUUCCCAUCCCACUGCCCUCCAAAUGAGUUGGGCUAUUUACGACUGAUCCUAUUAUUCUCAACAACCAUGGUAGUUGGAAUCCAAAACGGCUGAAGAACACUAGCUGGGGAAAAACUGACCUGCCAGAUCGAAAGAAAUGUCAAGGCAACACUCUCACAAAUCCAGUAUGGAAUAAGCCAUAUCGAAUAGGGAAUAUUUUCCUUCUAUGUAAAUGGUAUAUCGGCCUUUCCUUCCGCCACACGAAAAUAUUAAUUGCGUGUAUGUUACCGGGCAGCACCCUCAUUUCUGCAGCCAAAGCCAUCUCGGGGAAUUUUCCUACGGUACCCCGGCUGCGCUCCGUUUUCGCUAUUUGAAACAGCAGAAACCGAAGACCCGUUUGGAGCCCAGUUCGCCGCUUCCUGGUAACGUGCAGCAGUUGCCAAGAGGUACCCGCUUGAGAGGAGGGCGAGAAAGCUGUAACUGGCUAGGCGUUGGAAGGAGGCUGGGAAAACUGGCAGCGAGACCGAAGCGCCUGCGAGCCGGUGGCUGCUUCCUUUAGCGCCGCCAGGGGAGGGGCGCCUGAGGAGAGAAACGGAGUGCACGCUGGUAUUCAGACUCCCGGGAGACAAAGAGGCUGGGAGCGCAGCGGAUUGUGUGCUAUAUACUAUGGGAUGGGUGAGGAAGAGAACAGAUAUACCUCUCAGCUCAAGGAUGUGUAUGACAGCUGUGAUGCUACAGGCACUGGGUAUUUGGACAAGGAGGAGCUGACUGAGCUGUGCCACAAACUGCAUCUGGAAAGAGAGCUCCCCUUACUUCUGGAAACACUUUUGGGGAAUAAUCAGUUUACCCGAGUUAAUUUUGAAGAAUUUAAGGAAGGUUUUGUGACCAUAUUGUCUUCAACUAUCAAUCUUGGCCUUUCAGAUGAUGAGAGCAGCUAUCUGGAACCAGUUAUUCCAGAUGGAACUAAGCCCAAGUACAUCACUGAGGCCAAAGGGUAUGGCUGCCGGACAAAGCCAGAACUUGAAAGUGCUAUAUUGGAAACCCCCAAAUAUUUACAAGAGGAGCAGAGAAAUACAAAUGUAAAAAGUCAGUUGAGACGUUCAACUUCUUUGGAGAGUGUGGAGAGUCUCAAAUCAGAUGAAGAGGCUGAAAACUCAAAAGAAGAGCAGCAGCAGAUCUUUGAAGGCCAAGGUCAGUUGUGUACCUGGGAUGAUAACCUCAUUGACAAUCCUAGAGAAGUGUCCACCUUGUGUUUGAACACAACUGAGAAUCAGAUUAGGGUUACUUGUGAAGAUCUUGGCAUUGGAAAUAAUGGCUAUCUCAACAAACAAGAGCUAUAUGCUGUUUGUAAGAACAUUGGACUCAAGGAGAUGGAAAAAGAGGAACUUGAAGAAUUAUUUUACAAGUUGGAUAGUGAUGGAGAUGGCAGAGUAAGCUUAAAGGAAUUCCAGCAUGGCUUAUUUAGCCAUAUCUACAUUCCUUGUCCUUUUUCUUCCACACCACUUAAAUCAAAAAGGCAAAGAUCACACCCUAAUCAGAUUUUGAAAGACAAUGGACAACAAACCGCAACUCCAUCUUUUUUAUCUAACACAGCGGCUUUGAAUCUUUUCUCCAGCAUUAACGAUGGCAGUGGUUUUGCAAGUGUGGAGCAAGUUGUCUCCAUCUGGGCCUGGGAAGGGGUUGAAAACUGCAAAGAGAUUUUAAAGAGUCUUGAUUUUAAUGUGGAGGAACGAGUGAACCUUCUAGAGCUCUCUAUGAUCCUUGAUGAUGAAUUAAUUGCUUCCAAGAAUGGACUUCAGCAGGCAGCUGUUGCCUCUUAUAAGCAUGAACUUCAUCAUCUACAAACACAAGUGGAACGGAUUUUCAGUGAGAGAAAUAAAGCAAGAGCUGAUCUGGAAAAGACUAAAAAGAGGAAUUGGCAGCUUUUUAAGGAGGUAGAUGAUAAUCAUAGUGCUCUGGAGCAUCACAAUGAGAGUAAACUCAGAGCUCUUGAGCAAGAUUUCAAAGGAAAGCUAAUGACGAUAAAGUCUGAAGUCAAGAUGGAACAGGAAUUGCUCAUGCAACAAAUGAACCAUCAGAGAACCAGGUUAGAAGCAGAUUUCAGGUACCUUCAAGAGGAGGACUGUAUCCUAAGAAAGAAACUGACUUUGAUGAUCAAGGAAAAUAGUCGCUUACAGAAUGAAGUUGCUGAAGUGGUUCAAAAACUGAGUGAAUCUGAAAAUCAAGUUUUGAAACUUCAAAGAGAUCUUAAUUUUAUUUUGAAAGACAAGCUGGGAUUACUGGAUCCAUACAAUACAGAGCUAUUUGAUCAAGAAGCACGCUUUGCUGAAAUCAUUCAGGAGUAUGAACUGCAAUGUCGGAGGGUGAAGGAACUGCAUGACAAGAAUGAUGAGCUGCAGAUGGAGGUGGAAAAACUGAGAUCCCUGCUGCUGCAUGCAAAGAAGGCUAACUUAGCAUGCUGCAAAAUGAAGACCGACAACACUGGAGAAAGGCCCUUGCCUGGAAAUGAAAAAGCUAGCAUUAGAGACAACAUUGAAAAGGAUGAUCAUUUUCUUGGAUACCAGCACCUACCAGCCACAGGCCAAAAUGAUGACACUUUCAUAACAUCUGAACCCUAUUCAGUAAGUAUAGAAACAGAACUUCUGGUGGAAGAAUUAAAAGAACAGAAUCAAACUAUGAAAACAGAGCUAGAAACUAAGGUCAAUUAUUAUGAAUGGGAAAUAGAACUAUUAAAAAAUAAUUUUGAGAAAGAAAGGAAGGACAUUGAACAAAGUUUCAAGAUCAAGAUUAGUGAAUUGGAAGAACAAAAGAAUGCCUUGGAAGAACUGAAUAUGAAAUGCCAUGAAGUGAUUGAUGGUUUGAAAAGCCAAGUUCAGAAGCUGGAUCCUAUCCAAGAAAAGAGAUUUCAGAAGGAGAAGGCAGAAAUAGAGCAGUGCUAUGCUAAAGAAAUUUCAAACUUAGGCCAGAGGCUGGCCCAGGAAAGGGAAAGAUUGGAAGAUGACUUGAAGAUGAAGCAUGUAAUGGAGAUACAUUUUAUGAGGAAGCACAUUGAUGAAUUGAAAAUGGAAAAAGAGAAGAUGAUGUAUGAAAUAAAAGAAUCAAAUGACUUGAACAAACGCUACAAAGAGGACAUCUUACAGCUGAACGCUAGGACUGCUCAGCUAAACCAUGAAUAUGUUGAAUUAAGCAGCAAGAAUAAAGCCGGUCAGAAAACUACCAAGAUACUGAAUCAGAGGUUUGUUGAACUGGAGAGACAAAAAGAACAAGAAGCUAUGAUAGCCAAGCAAUUUCGGGAGGCCUCUGUUGAGCUGAAAAAGGAGCAUUUUCAGCAGAAGUUGACAUGGCAGGGCGAAAAGGAUAUGCUAGAUCAAGACCUGAAAUCAGUGAAGGAAAAGCUGUUAGAAGCCAACACCAGAUUAAACCAAGCUGAGUCUCAGCACACCCAUGAAUUGCAACAACUAAAAACCCAGAUGGACAAUACAGUACCUAAAGAUCUUCUUGUUGAGCUUGAAACCAGAUUGGCAGAAGAACAGAAAACAGUCAGAAAGUUGCAAAGAGAUCUAGACUUACAGGCAGAACAAAUGAAAUGGCAACUGGCUAUUUAUCAAGAAGAAUAUGAAAACUCACAUAGAUUAAUGGAGGAGAAAUUGGGGGAGGUAGAAAUGAAUUUGAAAAAUACACAAAUGUUGCUUCAGGAGAAGAUGUCUCAACUUAAGGAACAAUUUGAAAAACAUGCCAAGUCUAAUCUAUUGCUGAAGGACCUGUAUGUGAAGAAUGCACAUCUGAUGAAAAUGCUGCAAGUUACAGAACAGAUGCAGAAGAGCACAGAAAAUAGGAACUUAAUUCUAGAAGAAAAAAUUUCAUCCCUCAAUAAGCUAGUUGGAGAAAUCUCAUUUGCAUCUCUAUGAAUUAUUCAUUUAAAUGAAUCAGUUUCCAUGAAGCUGUUUUAAGUGGCAAUUGUUCUAUAUAUUUCAGACUGAAUACAAAAAACUAUUCAUUUCUCAUGGACAGCACUCUAUGAGAUAUCUACCACUUCAGAAUAGGGAAAAUACAAAUGCUAGCUAAAAAAAUUGGAGAAAAGUAAGCUAAUAUCUCAAAAGUGCUUUUUCAAGAGGCAACUGGACUUUCUUGUUUUUCUUUGAAAACAUUUCGCUCCUCAAAGAAAAACAAGAAAGUCCAGUUGCUUCCUGAAAAACCACCUUUGAGGCAACCAUGGCCUGGAUGACUGAGAAUCUCCACAGACAAGUAAGCAAAUACAUUUUUUGGAAUUCUGAAGAUGGAGAAACACAAGGUUUACAGCAAUAAACAUCCAAUUUUUUUCCAAUGGAAAAGUGUAACCAUUUAGUGCCUUAUGGAUAAUUUUCACAGAAACGGGAUCUUCUAGUAUCAUUUGAGGACUGGACAUUUCUUGUGAUUUCAACUUCUUGUCCCUCUGUCUAUACACUGGCUAAAGAGAAUGUGAAUGUGUGUGUAAAAUAUUAUUGAAUUAAUGUGCUAUUUUAUUUUAGCAGAAUUGUAAACAAGAACCCAAUGAACCAAACCCCCCCCCCCUUAUUUUUUUGCUUUAGGUGUCUGGAACAUUUUAAUUAAACAGAAUCGCUAUAGUUUGUUCUUAUGCUGGUUUUUUAUUGUAUAAAUGGCUUUGCUAAGUAGACAUGUUCCUUUUGCUAGGGUGGCAAAAAAUAUUCAUAUUCAUCCCCUGACUUUAAUGGCCACAGCAGAUACUGUGUGUUGUGCCACCAAUGUACUCUUCAUAUCUUUAAAAGGAAUUUGCAACAUUUAUGCUAUUACCAUAAAAAUAUGAUUUCACCUGGAUAACCAAUGAGGCUCCCCUUUUCAAUCUAAAUUCAAGUGCUAGAUUUUCAGUAGGAACGUUAGACAUGUGACUGUCACUAUAUGCAAAAUAUUGAAAUAAACUAUGAGCUCAAAA